UUGCGGAGCAAGAACGCGACUGCUGAUUGUACGUCAAAAGGGCCUGUAGUUUUCCCAAAGCAGGGCCUGCACCCUGCUCGGAAGGAGCCCUUAUGCAUCAGUAUAUCCGUCGCCAAGAGCGAGAAGGGAUGCAGGAAGGAGAAGCUCCCUAACGCCAGCUCUGGUGAAGAUCUGCUCCCGGGGAGGCUGUUCUUCCUCCAGGCCGACCAGCCUGCCGCUCACGAGCAACGGCCGCCUCGGCAAAGCACCCGAGAAAAGCCAGAAGUAGCCCAAAAUGAGGAUGAGGCCGCUUUGGCACCUGACGGAUCGUGCGCCGGAAACGGCGUCCCUGCGGAGCCGCCUGCCCUUCCCGUCCCUCCGACGGACGGGGCUUGGCAAGCCCUUGAUGCCACCUGCUUAAAAAGGCAGGUUUCGCAUGACUUUCUGGAGACCAGGUUUAAAAUCCAGCAGCUUUUGGAGCCGCAGCAGUACAUGGCCUUCCUGCCUCACCACAUCAUAGUGAAGAUUUUUGGAUUGCUUCCUACCAGGAGCCUGGUCGCCCUGAAAUGCACUUGCUACUACUUCAAAUUCAUCAUCGAGUACUACAACAUCAGGCCGGCGGACUCCCGCUGGGUGCGCGAUCCCCGCUACCGAGAAGACCCUUGCAAGCAGUGCAAGAAGAAGUACGUGAAAGGGGACGUGUCGCUCUGCCGGUGGCACCCCAAACCCUACUGUCAAGCUUUACCCUACGGGCCCGGCUACUGGAUGUGCUGUCACCGCUCUCAGAAGGGCAUCCCGGGCUGUAAGUUGGGGCUGCACGACAAUCACUGGGUCCCUGCCUGCCACAGCUUUAACCGCGCCAUUCAUAAGAAAACCAGAGGAGCGGGAGCCGAAGCGGAAGAGGAAUAUUAGUGCACAUACACUUUUCCUGUGAGAUUGUUUGGGGGAGGAGGAGAUUCUCAUGCCUUGUGCUGUUUACAGUGUAUAUAAUCGUCGUGGGGGUUGUUUGUUUGUUUGUUUUUUUCCACAGGGCUAUGAAACUGCACAUUCUUAAACACGAGAGCCUUUACCUUUUAGACUGAAGAGAGCUUUUAGUCCAUCUCUGUAAAUAACACCCUAAAAACUAAUUGUACAUACGGAGUCUCCAGCUGGCUGAACAACGUAAUCGCUACAAUGCAGCUGCGGUAGUGUUGCGGCUAGAGUUGUGUGUGGGUUUAAGUGUUUUUGUUCCAAAAAAUCUGUAUAUCCUGUAUAAUAUAUGAAUGUUUCUGAGAAGAAACUCUAAAUAGGUAAAGGACAACUUGUUAAAAAGAGUCUUCAGGCAACUUAACUGGACAACCUGAGAAUUAGACUAGGACGGAGCCGUUACAGCAGCGUGACAGUGGAUAAAAAGAGGAAUAUUAUUGUAUAGUCAGAAUAUGAAAAGCUCUUGUCUACCUUAUCCAUGUUGUCU